GUCUGCCUUUCUCUUUCGCCAAACCCUGGGGCCUCUGCCUAAAUGGUCUCGCUGAGAGUUACGGGGACCUAAAGUCCCCGCCCUCCUCAAAUCGUCUUUCGCCUUUCUCUCCGUGGUCCUUGCACUCGGACCCUUCCCCUCGGAGACGUUCGCCGCCUGCACAGACGAGGCUGGCUUUUCAGGAUUGUAUUAACGGAGCCCGAGAGAGGUAGACUAGGAGCUGGAAGGGCCGUUGGGGCCACAAGGUCAGCCACACGGUUUUACCGAUUAACUACCAGUGUAUUUAUCUCAAUUAUGGAAGGAAGAGGAGAAACAGCAUGGUGUUGAGGUUAGAGAUCCAGCUUGGCAAUCAAGAAGACGUGGAUGAAAUCCCUUCUCUGAUUGACUCUUCUUUGUGAACCUGGAUAUGCCACUAAACUGUCCCUGGAAAAGGCUUGGUUACUAUGUCAAUAGUCACAAUUCAACUUGGUCAGUGUGGCAAUCAGAUUGGUUAUGAAGUAUUUGAUACUUUAUGUAGAGACUUAAAUAGUACCCAAGGAUUCUGCUCUAAAAAGGAGAAUGAAUUAUAUGAGACAUCUUGCAAAGAACAUUUUUUUAAUGAGGAAAAGAAUGGAGUUCCAGUUGCCAGAGCAUUACUUAUUGACAUGGAACCCAAAGUGAUCAGUCAAACAUUAUUAAAGGCUGCUCAUUCUGGCAGAUGGAAGUAUGGUCAACACUCACAUUUCUGUCAAAAACAAGGUUCUGGAAAUAAUUGGGCAUAUGGUUAUAGUGUUCACGGGCCCAAGCAUAAAGAAUCUAUCAUGAAUCUAAUUCAGAAGGAAGUAGAGAAAUAUGAUUCUCUAAGUGGAUUUUCAACUAUAAUGAGUAUGGCAGGAGGUACAGGAUCUGGUUUAGGAGCCUUCCUCACACAGAACUUAAGAGAUACUUAUCCAAAUUCUUUUAUAAUAAAUCAGAUCAUAUGGCCCUAUGGAACUGGGGAGGUUAUUGUCCAGAACUACAAUUCAGUUUUGACUCUUUCUCAUCUAUAUCGAUCUUCAGAUGCACUUCUUGUUCAUGAAAAUGAUGUGGUAUACAAGAUAUGUGCUAAACUGAUGAAUAUCAAACAGAUCUCCUUCAGAGAUAUAAAUCAAGUGAUUGCUCAUCAAUUGGGAAGUAUAUUUCAACCUACCUACUCUUCAGAAGGCUCAUUUCAGUAUCGAAGAAAUCUACUAGGAGACUUGAUGACAAGCUUGGUUCCACACCCUGAAUUCAAGAUGCUGGGUCUCCGCAAUAUUCCUCAAAUGUCUGAAAACUUAUUGGCAUACACUACCUUUGCUUGGGCUGGGUUGCUCAAGCAUUUAAGACAGAUGCUUAUUUCACAUGCUAAAAUGGAAGAAGGUAUUAAUUGGCAGGUCAAACCACCUUUGUCGGGAGUUCCUGCCCUUGAGAAGGGACCUUCCAAUAAGGAUCCCCAUUUUAACACUUCUGUAGCCAAUUUGGUCAUCCUACGUGGUAAAGAUGUGCACCAUGCAGACCUGGGGGGUUUUAAAGAUCCAGCCUUAUACACAUCCUGGCUCCAGCCUAGUGAUGCCUUCAAUGAAUGGAGAACACAGCGAGCCUUUAACAAAUAUGAGAAAUCGGCUGCUUUGGUCAGCAAUAGUCAAUUUUUACUAAAACCUCUUGAUACCAUCAUAGGCAAAGCUUGGAACAUGUUUGCUUCAAAAGCUUAUGUUCACCAGUAUACGAAGUUUGGAAUUGAAGAAGAGGAUUUUUUAGACAGCUUCACAGUAUUGGAACAAGUUCUUGCCAAUUACUGUAACCUUUGAUCUUGUAAUAAGUGGACCUUCAAUGGAAGAAAGUAUCUUUGAAAACUUAUGGAUUGAAAUCUUUAUAAGUCAUGUUUCAAAAUCCUAUCUUACUAAAACAUCAAAUUAGAAUUCAGAUUGUAUUCUGUAUAUAGGUAGGAGAUUUUUUACAAAAAAAAUUUUUUUUUUUCAGUGAAAACAUUUUUGAUGAAUUAUUUAUUACUUUGAAAGGAUGCUUUUAUAAAAUAAUUUGAAGAAUUGUCACAAUGGAUACUAUUACAAAUAGUACAUUGGUUCUAAAUAUUAUUAAUAAAAAUAUAUUCUGUCUUU